AUGAGCCUUCUCAAUUAUUGCGUCCGCCACGCGUCGACCGUCGGACUCUUGUACUCGGUGGCUGUUGCCAUGGACAAAGGUUUGUCACUUUGUCACGUAUGAGCACAUUUCGCCGCUCCUAGGCUUCUCCGACUCAUCUCAAAGUUUCGACUGGUGGGACCGCUUCCGACACGACCUUCUGGUAGAUGGAAAAACUCAGCAGAAACUGGAAAUCAUUCUCAAGUACCGUUACGUGUUCCCAUUUAAAAUGUCGAAAACUGUUUCAGAAUGUGUGUGAUCGGCACGUCGUUUGUUUGCGGCACGGCAGUCAUCUGCCUGGUUUUGCUUAUGCUUCGAAAGAUAGUCAACUACUUUGCAGACUCGAAAACUGUUGUAGUCCGAUGUUAUCCAUAA